AUGGGCCCCUCUGCCCCGCCAGCCCAAAAAAAGCGCGUCACAGACCCUGACCCAUCACCUGCGACCCGGCCAGUCGCACAUUCACGGCCGCCGCACCUGUCUCGACCCUCGAGCGCAUUACCUAAGCGGCGGGUCGGCCAAAAGCCGGAGCACGUCUUCGCAUCUGCUGGUACACCUCGUGCCAUGUUCGCCGCAACUGCUCGACCUUUCUCGCCUUCUCCCACCGGCACCAUCGUGACCUUUUCAAAUCCCGGAUCACUCUCACCCGCGCCAAGCCUUUCAAUAGCCGGUUCGCUAUCUCCGUACCUGCGCGGCCUGGACUUCCGUAUAGCUUCAGGCUAUUGA